AUGUUAGCUUACGAGAAGCUUGAGUCGCUUUUCACGACGAUCUAUCGUCUUAAUCAUGUCACUGCGCUUUGUCAUUGGGAUAUGAAUACAUACAUGCCCCCUGAAGGCGAAGAGGCCCGUGGGGAGGCCAUUGCUACCAUAAAAAAAAUUGAAUUCCAGCACAUUACUGCGCCAGACGUUAAGAAGUGGAUCGAUGAAUCUACCGCCGCACAGGAUAAGCUCUCUGCCAUUCAGCGAGCUAAUCUUCGUGAAAUGACACUCAUUUGGAAGAAUAUGAACUUCCUAUCGGAAGAUUUCAUAUCUCGUAAGGCGAAGCUUACCACCAUGGCCCAUAGUGUAUGGAAAAAAAGCCGAAAUGAGAAUAAAUUCUCUGAUUUCAUACCCGUAUUGAAGGAAAUCGUACUGCUUGCCCGUGAGGAAGGAUCCCGUUUGGCGGUGGACUCCUCUCUCACUCCAUAUGAGGCCCUCUUGAACAUCUACGAGCCAGGGAUUACGAUCGCCCGAUUGAACGAGAUCUUCGGACAGAUCAAGUCAUGGCUACCACAACUGCUAAGGGAUAUUGUAAAAAAACAGGAAUCCAUGCAGAAAUCUAUCAUCCCACUUAAAGGACCCUUCCCCGUCGACAAGCAAGAGGCUCUAUGCAAGGAUAUGAUGCAUCUCUGGAAGUUCGACUUCAAAUCAGGGCGGCUGGAUGUGAGUCCGCACCCUUUCACCGGCAUGUGCAAGGAGGACUGCCGCAUCACGACGGUCUACUCUGAAGAAGAUCCUUUGAAUUCCUUGCACGCCGUCAUUCACGAGGUGGGGCAUGCGAAGUACGAGCAGAACUUGGGGCCGCGCGAGCUUAUCACACAACCCGUCUGCAACGCCCGCUCCCUUGGCGUGCACGAAAGCCAGUCCCUCUUUGCCGAGUUCCAGCUCUCCCGCGCAAGGCCGUUUAUCCAGUUUUUGCAGCCCAAGUUCAUGCGCUACCUUGGCGAGCAGCCGGGCUUUGCGGUCGAGAACAUCAUCAACAUCAUACGAACCGUCAAGCCGGGUUAUAUUCGCGUCGCCGCGGAUGAGGUCAGCUACCCGCUGCACAUCAUCCUGAGGUACGAAAUCGAACGCGACCUUGUGGACGGCACGCUGCAGGUCGAGGACGUUCCUCGCGUGUGGAAUGAAAAGAUGAAGGAAUACCUUGGUCUCGAGACGACCGGCCGGGAUGAUCUGGGGUGCUUGCAGGAUAUCCACUGGUCUCUUGGCUCCAUGGGUUAUUUCCCUACGUAUUCGCUCGGGGCUUUACUUGCCGCGCAGCUCAUGGCAACAAUCCGUAAGGAACUUGGCGAGGACACGAUUCUGAAUUGCCUCCAGACAGGCAACUUGGAUCCUAUUCUCGCAAAACAAAAAGAAAAGAUUUGGGACCACGGCUGCCUUUACCCGACCGAGGAGCUUGUGGUGAGGGCGACCGGGGAGAGGUUGAAUCCCGAAUACCUCCAUGAACACCUCGUCUCUCGUUACCUUAAGGAUAUGAACUGA